CUAAGCUCAACCAACCAACUAUCCACCCUUUUCCUCUGGCUCCUUUAAUGCGUGGGGGGCCAUCAUCUCCAUCUUGUUCUGUUCCUUUGAAAUCCCCAGAAUUAUAAGCCUGAGUUUUUAUUAUAUAGCUCCAAAUUCCAAUUCCAAAAAGGGGAAUCACAAUAAGGAGCAAAUCCCAUGGUGGUUCUAAGCUUCCAAGCAGUAUUAGUCCAGUUUCCAACGGUUCAUCAUGGAUAUUGCUUAUCACAAAGGCGACUGAGUAGGAGUGGCACUUACAGUAGUAGUGGUGGUAGUAAUAUACGGUGCGGAAUUGCGGAGGUGUCGGGAGAGCCUGCGCCUAUGGGACAGAAAACAAAGUACAAGGAUGGGUUGUUUGAGAAAGCCUUCAUGACUCUCUUUGCUCGCAAGAUGGAGAAACAUGCAGCUACUGCUGCUAAUAAUUCCAAGGAGAAGGAGAGGAAGAACAAGGGUUGGUUAGAGCACGACUAUGAGAGCUUUGUAGAUGUUUCAAAGAGAGUAAUGCUUGGAAGGUCUCGUCUUCAGCAGCAGCAAGUUGUCCGAGAGGUUCUCUUGUCCAUGCUCCCUCCUGGUGCCCCUGCUCAGUUCAGGAAAUUAUUUCCUCCUACAAAGUGGGCAGCAGAGUUCAAUGCUGCUCUAACAGUGCCUUUCUUCCACUGGCUAGUUGGUCCUUCUGAGGUGGUGGAAGUGGAGAUAGAAGGGGUAAAGCAAAGAAGCGGAGUCCAUAUAAAGAAGUGCAGGUACCUGGAGAACAGCGGAUGUGUAGGAAUGUGCGUGAAUAUGUGCAAAAUUCCUACUCAAGAUUUCUUCACCAAUGAAUUUGGGCUUCCAUUAACUAUGAUCCCAAAUUUUGAAGACAUGAGUUGUGAAAUGGUGUACGGCCAAGUUCCACCACCAUUUGAAGAGGACCCUGUAUCCAAGCAGCCAUGUUAUGCAGAUAUUUCUACAGGCUCAUUGGCAAAUCCCAGCUCUACUGUCUGCCAUAAACUUCAAGCUUGAGUUGAGAAAUGCCCAAUCAAAUUCAUUAAUUGUAGCAGAGUAUUCUAUAAGUUUCUCCUUACAUAUUAUGCAUUCUUGUUCGGCCAUUUGCCAUACCACACAGCCACCUACUACUAUUACUUUACUGUACAGAGCAAGCAAUUACCAAUGCUCUUCAGCAAUGUGAAAUGUUGACGUGUUACAAAUUCUAUUUUUUCUAGCAAAUCUACUAGAUAUUAUAUA